UUAUUAACGCGACACCUCCUCCUUGAAGUUGGGUGCACUUUCUUAGCUCUCCCCUUUUCUGUAUGGCUGUCGAUGGGGAGAAAUUAAAAGCACAUCACCUCCCGUCGUCAUUUCAAAAAUCCCAACGCAGAGACGAAAACCACGUGACCACCCGCGGCGAACUUUUGUUCUUGUCCGUCAAUCAUCAAACGGCUGCGCCGCUCGGGGAUGGAGGUUGGCCUCUCCGCCUCCGCGUGGCGCGUCCCUACAUAAACCGGACAUUUCCGGGCGACCCGUGAAGUCCACCAGCGGGUCACGCACGGAUCGCCUGGCUUUGUUCCUUCGCCGCCUUACCGGAGUGUGUUGGAUCCCCGCUCAUUUGUCAAGAACAACUGCAGCUCGACAGUCCGAACUUGUUCGCCGAGACAGACACUGUCUUUUCUAAAACAAUGGCUGAACGUCUGGAGGACCAUCUUCAAUGUCCCAGCUGUCUGGAUGUCUUCAAAGAUCCUGUCAUGCUGCCGCUGUGCAGUCACAACUUUUGCCGUGCGUGUCUGCAGCAGUGGAAGGACAAAGGAGAACGAUCGUGUCCACUAUGUAAAACAGAGUGUAGUUCGAUGGAUCCACUUCUGAACUUGGCACUGAAGAAUCUGUGUGAAAACUUUUCUCAAGCCUCAUUCAGGUUAGAGCACAUAUGCAGCUUGCACCAAGAGGAACUCAAACUCUUCUGUUUGGACCACCAGGAGCUUGUGUGCCAUAUUUGCACAAAUGCGGAAAUCCACGUUGGCCACAAGAUCCGGCCCCUCGAAGAAGUUGUGAAAGGGCACCAUGAGGACUUCCAGAAAGGCCCACAAAAUGCCAAGGAAAGACUCAGAGAUUACGAAAACUGUCGAGAGAACUGCAAUGAACAGGCAGAGUACAUCAAAGUCCAGAGGAAGAAAGUCGAACACAAGAUCAGGAAAGAUUUUGAGGAGCUCCAUCGCUUUCUCGACGUCGAGGAGGAGGCCAGGUUGGCUGCGGUCAAGGAGGAAGAGAAGAAGAAGAGUCAAACGAUAACGGAGAAGAUGGUAGCUCUUGGCAAACAAAUGGCCGCUCUCUCAGAUGUCAUCAAAAGCACUGAGGAGCAGCCAGCGUCUGGCAAUGUUUCUUUCAGGGAAAACUUCAAAAGUGCGGCAAGCAGAAUCCAAGAGCUGCCUGAAAAGCCGCAGCUGCUGCCAGGUCUGCUGGACGAAGCCAAACACGUGGGCAACCUCAAAUUCAAGGUGUGGGAGCGGAUGAAGGAGACGCUCGACUACAGUCCCAUCAUUCUGGACCCCAACACGGGCGAUGGAGAACUCAGUCUGUCCGAAGAUCUGAGCAGUUUGUUUUGGAAGAACGUACAGCAGCAGCGGCUUCCAGAAUAUCCAAAAAGGUCCUGGUCGCAGGCUGUGCUUGGUUGUGCUUUGGACUGGGGAAGACACGUGUGGGACGUUGAGGUGGGAGACAACAAUAAAUGGGAAGUGGGGGUCGGGCGGGGGGACCCUUGUUUGCGAGAUACAAUGGGUGGUUGGUUCACUGGAUUUUGGGAUGGGAAAUACAAAAGGCCCGAUGCCGCAUAUGGAGAAUGGAAUCCGCCUGUCAAAGUGCAAAGAAUCAGAGUUGAAGUGGACAUGGAUGAAAGGUCAUUGUCCUUCUCUGAACCUUUUACAAACACCAAAUUGUGGAGCUCUCCGAAGCCUUUUUACGAUUGGCCAGACUUGUGUGGUAACACCAAAAUGUAUCCUUACUUUUCGACAGCAGAUAAAAAUCCUCUAAAGAUAAUCCCUAUUUCACCUGGUGUUACGACUGCAAGCAAUUCGCGGCCAUUUUGACACGGUUUGAUUUUCUGCUUUUUAACGUCAUCAUUUUCCACAUAAUUGGACUCUCAUUCAUUGGCCAGAUCAUAUGAUAAGACUUUACUGGAGCAAGUCAAGGCAAAGUAAUUAGGCAGUUACUCGAUAUUCUUUUCUCCCAAUACUUUUUGACUUGUGUAAAUACUGCUUUUAGUUUGAUGUAAUACUUGGAAGUAAUGGUACUCCUACUCGAGUACAACUUUUGGCUACUCUCUUGUUAACAUUGAUUUACUUGUACUACUUUAUUACAUGUGCAGUGGUACCUCAACAUACGAUCGCUUCGACACACGAUCUUUUCGACAUCAGACGUAAAAUUUGACCCACCAAUUGUUUCUAUAUCCGACGACAUGCUCGGAAAACGACGACAUGACAGCUCCGCAAACAGACACACGACGGAUUUUCUUGCGAGAGAAAUCGACACAGGUUCCAACAAGGUUAGUUCAUGUGGUGGAACAAGGAAAAAGGUGAUGCUUACAAUUGAAAUCAAGAUGGAAAUGAUAGAAAAAUGAGCGUGGGCUGCUGUGAUGGCCCUGGCCAUUUAACUGUUGUUUUGAGAAGCUCCAGUCAGCCGAUCAUCACCUCCGCCAGCUAGCUGCCUCUCCUCCUAGCGUGACAUGUGCUGCUCAACACCGAAUGGGCAGACGUCGUGGCCGCCGCUGAUUGGCCACCGAGGAAGGGCGCCAACUUUACAACACUCUGGGAGGUCGCAUUGACAGCAUUUGUGCUGCGGUCCUCCUCGCCAGCAGUUUGCUCGCCAUCCAUCCACUUGUGCAUUUGAUGGCUUGUUGGUUACACUCCCGCUUUUUCGGUGAGGUCUUCUGUGUUUAUUCGUUAUUGGAUCGUUUUUGUUCACCACUGCAAGAGCACCGAAGCAGUAGGGGUAAGCUGCCAUUUCUGUUCAACCCGUUUUCUCCUGUUUUGUUUAGUGUAGGAAGCCAGGGUAGUGGCUGUCUUUUUAUUUCCUUUUUACGAUCAGGGUUUAGUUAGGAAGAAGCCAGCUCUUUCCGCAUUUUGAAUAUGAUGUUCAUUGCUAGUUUGACUAUUGUAAAUAAAUUGUGCCACUUGUGAACUCGUGUGGCUCGUUUGUUACGCCCUUAGCGAGCCGUCCAUGGGACGUAACAGCUGCGCAUCCGUGAACUGGCUCAACGAUACGGCCAUAGAAUGUGUGCGAUCUCGACGGUCUUCCUUCGACCUCCGUCCGCCAGUCUUUAUAAGUUAAGGUGAUAAUUAUUAUUGUAGUAACCUCGCCAAAGAAAUGGCCAGCUUCGUCAGGUUAUCAUCUUUUCAGAACUUUUGAAACACAACACGCCUGUAUUCUGCAGUUGACGGUGUUCUCAACAAAACAUUAAAAGAGUAAAAUCUCAACCGCACCUCUGUGACGUCAGCGACGCGGUGCGUUCAGGUACAUCACGUACAGCAAGUCCGCCACAUUAGACCCCAAAUCGUUACAUUAUUACAGGAAUUAUUUUAUUAUUCCGGUUUGUAUUUGUAUUUGUAAUAGUAUCAGCGGUAUUUAUUAAGGAUUUACGUGUAGGUUUUUGAGCUGUGGAACAAAUUAAUGGAAUUAUGUAUUCUUAUGGGAAAAUCCUGCUCGACAUACACGGCUUACAAACAAGGUCCUGAAACAAUUAACUUCGUAUGUAGAGGUACCACUGUAUACACACGAAGCGGUGACACAGUCGGCCAAAAACUGCCAGCUUUUUUGUCACUUAUGUCAUAUUUUUGGUUGGUGCACUUCAUUUAUUGUGUACAUGUGUUUGCUGUGAGUCUGUGACUUUAAAUUUCAAACUUUUAAGUAUAUGAAGAAUAAAGCACGUUUGG